CUGGCCUCACAGGACAGGCUGGAGGCAGCGGAGGAGGAGGAGGAGCGGGCAGCCGGGCGGCCAGGAGCUGCAGCGGCUGCCACGUGAGCGCACAGCCGGGUCCGCGCCGCGCCGCCCGGGACGCCAAUGCCGGGCCGGCGGCGCGCGGGGCUUGCUCAUGAGGCCUCUGCCGAGCCGGAGGAGGAACAGCCACGGCCUCUCGCUGGGAGUCUUCGCCCUCUGCUUGGCCGCUGCCCGCUGUCUGCAGAGCAGGUGUGCCUUCCCGGCAUCUGGAGAGAAGGGCGGCGUUUCCUCUCUGCCGGCAGAAAAGGUGCUGAGGAGAACAUCGGGUCAGGGCGUGUCCCUGUACAUUCCCCAGGCAGCCAUCAAUGCCACGGUGGAAGAGGACAUCCUGCUCUCGGUUGCAUACUCCUGCCAUGGCAUCCCCACUAUCGAAUGGAAGUAUACGUCCAACUGGGGAGUGCAGAAGAUCGUGGAGUGGAAGCCAGGGACUCAGGCCAACAUCUCCCAAAGCCACAAGGACAGGGUCUGCACCUUCGACAACGGCUCCAUCCAGCUCUUCAGUGUGGGUGUGAGGGAUUCCGGCUACUACGUCAUCACGGUGACCGAGCGCCUGGGGAGCAGUCAGUUUGGCACCAUCGUGCUGCACGUGUCGGAGAUCCUCUAUGAAGACCUCCACUUUGUCGCUGUCUUCCUUGCUCUUCUCGCUGCCGUGGCUGCAGUGUUAAUCAGCCUCAUGUGGGUUUGUAAUAAGUGUGCGUAUAAAUUCCAGAGGAAGAGAAGACACAAGCUCAAAGAAAGCACGACGGAGGAGAUCGAGCUGCAAGAUGUGGAGUGUUAGCCAAGGCUGGGCCCAGUUACAUUCCUACCUCAAGAGGAAAACGUUAUCUCCCAACGAAAGGAGCAAACAUGGCCAGUCCACCCCGAGCCUCUUGUGCCACACACUGGUUCCUGAUGGGACAGCUGGAUGUUGGCAAGGUUGACUGCCUGGAGCUGGGCUCUGGAUUGGAUGAAGGCAGUUCCAGUGGCAUGGAGUUCAAAGAGGAGAGGGGUGGAGGCUCUGAGCCAGAGCUGUGCUUGGCUGCGUUUCCCGGGCCAUGCGGACGCAUCAGCAGUGGCCCCGUGCAGGCCCUGGCUGCUUCCUCACUACGCUCUGUUCUGGCGGGGGGAUGGCCAUUGGAGGGGGGUCCCCGUGCCAGAGGCCAGAGUAUUUCCGGAUCACGUGUGCAGCCAGCACCAGAACAAGCUCUCCGUGCUCCGGUCUCCUCUGCCUGUGGCCUCCUCCAGCCCUCUGCUUUGGGAGCUAUUGUGAGAGCUGAGGCAUUAGAGCACCUGCUCAGAGCAGGGAAAGGAUCCCCCUCCCUCCGUGGCCUGGAGCUUUAGGGAGAAGAGCUUAAUUUGUUCCACGGGGACCAGCUUUGGGAACAAGGAAUAGGGAGAAAAUGAUCUUUCUCGUUCUCUCGUACUCCAAUGUUAAUUAGGUUUUCCCCUUCUACAGCCCCAGUGUAGGCCAGUGUGAGGAGAAGAGUUCAUCUCCACCAUGGGCAGAGUCUGGCUUCCAAAUGGCCCCCUGACAAGCUGGGUGACACUACCUGUGUGAAGGCUGGGCCUGCACGGUGAGAGGGACAACUGGAAAGUCAGCGCGGGCUUGGAAUCUGUCCCCCUCAGCCACCCACACUUCUGUCAAGUCGGAGCCUUGCUUUGCUCCCAACUGGGCUGAGGAACACUUGGCCCUCACCUACCUCACCCUCAGGGUAUCAAGUGAGGCCCGCAGUAGCACAGAGCACUCCGAGCAAUGGAAGGAAAGCAUGAGGAAUCUUCCGGAGCCUAGAAAGCAAUAAGCACUAUGCUGAGUCCUGGAAAAUGUAAAAUACCCUGGGGAAUUGGGGCUCCAGGUGAAAGUGGGGACUGGAUCACAGCCGGCCUUGGCCGUUAUCCUGUGAAGUUGUUGGCCACCACGUUUGCCUGAGUUUCGCCAUCCCAGCUUCCUUUCGGCAAGCUCUAAAGCAGGCAUGAAUUUAUCUUCCAUUCUCUUGUCCCUCUCCAACAUUCUUAGCUACAGAUCAAAGGUACCAUCCCAAUUAUUGGUGGAAUUUGAGCUUAGUAGCUGUGUCCCCAGCCCUCAGCUGCAAAUUUACCCACACAAACAUGAAGGAGAGCUAGAACAUUCUCUUCUCCCUCUCUUCAAGUCCCCAGUGUCCACAUCUUUUCCAGAAGUUACCUGGAGACGUUAGUAUGAGGCUUUUCCCUGAAUACUGAAUCCGGGGUUACAGGAAGGGCUCUUUUGGGGCUAUCAGUGAUCUAGAGCAGAGCUCCAAAGGCACUGCUUGACUCAGAAGGUGAGAGAGCAGUUGAUCUACACGACUGAUUUGUAGCCUAAGUAUGUGACACACAGAAGGGUCUCACCUCAGGCCACCUCCUGGACACAUGUGUAAACACACACACCUGCACCCUUUUCCCUGGACAGCAAUCAGAGGAACCAGACCUAUGCCAUGAAGGAUGGGUUUCUUAUACUGGUCUCCAGUGCCACGAAGAAGCAGGAUAAGUGCCAGAGAGGGUCAAGGAUAAUCUGAUCAUUUCUUCGUCCUUUUUCACACAGCACACCCAUCAGCAGGAAACCAGACUGAUCUGGGUAGCUGCUAGAGCCCCUGUCCUCUUGACAAUACCUGCUUUCCAGAACUCUACCUCUCAGUUUAUGAGAAGUCAGGGUUGGUAAUCUUUGUAAUAAAAGGGGAAAUGGAAAAGAACACCCAGCGAGAGGCACAAACCCAGAUGUAAAUUAAAUCUGUGCCCCGCCCCUGCCCCAAAUCUUCAUGAAAGUUUAUUCCCUCAGCUUUCUGUGUCUUUAUUUUGCACUUUUAAGCUCCCCCCAUCUUGAAUAUUUCUGUGGAAAGUUCUUGAUUCUUGAGCCUGGGGGUUUUGUCUAUUUUUUUAAAAAGAAAAUAUUAAAUCAUAGAGGUUUAGGCACUGAACAUGUUAAACUAUAAGUUAUGUUUCAAGCUGUGAGGGAAAAAAAAAAAGAAAGUUUUAAAGACUGAAAUAGGGCUUCCCUGGUGGUGCAGUGAUUGAGAGUCCGCCUUGCCGAUGCAGGGGACACAGGUUCGUGCCCCGGUCCGGGAGGAUCCCACAUGCCGCGGAGCACAUCCGGAGCCUGUGCUCCACAACGGGAGAGGCCGCAACAGUGAGAGGCCCGCGUACCGCAAAAAAAAAAAAAAAAAAAAAGACUGAAAUAAAACGUGCAAACAAAGGUCUGGUCCUUUGUGUGUGAGCGCAUCCCUGCGGAGAACUCAGAGGCCCUGGGAGAGUUCCAUCAGCUGUAGACAGAAGCAAAACCCUCAGCCACAGCUAGGGACCUGACAGGUUUUUUUCAUGACAAUGGAAUUAAUCACAUUGAUUCGAACCAUAAACAUUCUUCAGCAAUUCAGAAAAGCCACACUUCAUUAGCGCCAUUAUUCUCCCCUGUAUUGUAACCAGAAGACUAAUGUGAAGUUUUUCCUUCCUGAAUGUGACUUGUGAUUCAACAGAGUCCUUCCUGCUUCUCGAAGGGGCCGAAACGAGGAUGCGGCAGUUGUUUCAACGGUGCAUAAGAUGCCAGAACUUUCGUGCUUUGUGACAGAAUGUCCUCUCAGAGAUUGUGAUCUAAGAAACCCAAAAGGGACACACUGUUCUUUUUCAUCUCAUGGUGUUCCAGGUAUGCAAGGAUUGCUGAAACAGAGCACCCCUGUCCUCUGGAGCCCACAUGAGAUGCUAAAUACUCCACAGGACUUCACGCUUGCUCUGAUUUGAAAGCUGAGGAGCUAAGGCAGUGAGAGAUAAGAAGGUUAUCAGGAUAUCUCGCUCAGUGCAGGGAUGUAGAGACAAGCCCUGAGAGAGGAUAGGGUUUGGAAAGGCUAGAUAACUGUAAGGAGGGCAGAGAAGACAUGGCAGAAUAGAAUGUUGGGAGAUGGAACCAAGAGGAACCAAGUGUGAUGGGGUGAAACCCCAGGGCCCAGACGCAAAUAUAGCCCCCUUUGACAACAUGGGAGGGGAGACUGGGGGAAGGGAAACCCUCUCUCUGUCAUCAGCCUUUAUAUAUCCAGCAUGUUUCUUCUGCCCAGUUUCCAGGGAAGCCUCAGACGCCUCUAGUUUACUGAAAGCAGAGCAGAUCCCUGUGGUAGUUGAUAGUGUGUCGAUCCAGAGCUCAGCUUCUAUUAAGGAACAGUGCAAGUCUCCAGCACAUGCACCUCUCUGCACACCCAUAACCCAUCCCCACUGUCAACUUUUCCAGACCCUGAGAACAUGGAUACUGAGUCCACUAUUUCCACUGCCUUUUAUUUUAAUAUUUUUUAUUUAAAUUUUUUUUUAUUGGAGUGUAGUUGAUUUACAAUGUUGUGUUAGUUUCAGGUGUACAGCAAAGUGAAUGUUAUAUAUCAGUUUUAUAUAUAUAUAUAUAUAUAUAUCUCCAUUGCUUUUCAGAUUCUUUUCCCAUAUAGGUUAUUAGAGAAUACUGAGUAGUGUUCCCUGUGCUAUACAGUAGAUCCUUAUUAGUUAUCUAUUUUAUAUAUAGUAGUGUGUAUAUGUUAAUCCCAAUCUCCUAAGUUAUCCCUUCCCCCCAUGUUUCCCCUUUGGUAACCGUAAGUUUGAUUUUGAGAUCUGUGAGUCUGUUUCUCUUUUGUAAGUAAGUUCAUUUGUGUCAUGUUUAAAUUAGAUACCACACGUAAGUGAUAGCUGCACUGCCUUAAUUUAUUUUUAAAAUAUUUAUUUAUUUAUUUGGCUACGCCAGGUCUUAGCUGCGGCACGCGGGAUUUUUAUUUGCAGCAUGCGAACUCUUAGUUGUGGCACGAGGGAUCUAGUUGUUCCCUGACCAGGGAUCCAACCCGGGCCCCCUGCAUUGGGAGUCUUAGCCACUGGACCACCAGGGAAGUCCUUCCACUUCCUUUUCAACAUUAGGUGGGUGUUUGGUUUAAUUACAAAGGGGAUGAAUCGUUCUUUAAAAUUAAAAUGAUAUUGGAGUCCAUAUAUAAAGUAAAAAGUAAAAGUUCUCUCACCUUUCUUCCUACGCAAUAGUUAAAUUCGGGUGUAUCCUUCUAGACUUGCUCAUGCAUAUAUGAAAAUAUCUGUCUAUAUAUACAUGGACCACAAUAUACAUAUUUAAUCUAUUUUCUUUUUAGGCAAAUGGAAUUCUAUUAUACACAUUACCCUACAACUUGCUUGUUCUCCCUUAAUGUUUCUUGGGCAUUAUCUCAUGUCUCUACCUAUUCCUAAAUAUUCUUAUUGCCUCCACAGUGCAAUUCAUGGCAUGGAUACAUUGUAAUUGUUCACUGAAAAAUUUUAUUUCAAAUGGUAUAUACAAAAAUAAAUAUCUUGGGCAAUCUUCCUAUCACAUCAGACUUGUUCCUUCAGCCAAGAUGGCUUCCACUUGUUAACUAAGGUGCUCAACUCCAUCGCCUAUGAAUCUCUUCCUCUUUCAGGAAAUUCAAUGUUUUAUAAUAUUAAAAAAUUUUUUUUGAAAUAUAGUUGAUUUACAAUGUGUUAGUUUCAAGUGUACAGCAAAGUGAUUCAGUUAUACACAUCUAUAUUCUUCAGAUUCUUUUCUGCAAUAGGGUAUUACAAGAUAUUGAAUAUAGUUCCUUGUGCUAUACAGUAGGUCCUUGUUGUUUACCUAUUUUAUAUAUAGUAGUGUGUAUAUGUUUUUUUUCUUCUUUGUUUUUGCUGUGCUGCACAGCUUGUGGGAGCUUAGUUCCCCAAUCAGGGACUGAACCCGUGCCCCCUGCAGUGGAAGCAUGGAGCCCUAACCACUGGACUGCCAGGGAAUUCCCAGUAGUGUGUAUAUGUUAAUCCCAAACUCCUAAUUUAUCAACCCCCCCUCCCAGCCUUCCCUUUUGGUAACCAUAAAAUUGUU